UUAAACCAGCUAAGACCCGCAAACCAGUUUAGACUGGUUCAAGCUGUUAUUUUCAGCAGGGAAUACCUAUGUUGUAGUGUAGUAGUCAUUUCGUCAGUAAAGCCUUUUUUUUUUUUUUUUUUUUUUUUUUUUACUUCCGAUAGAUCCGAUUAUGAUCAGAUUUUUUUUUUCCUUUACCAAAUCCGUCACAGUGCUGAUGAUGUAUGACGGCGCUCGCUCGCGCUCUACUGUCUGUCACUGCCGCUGCAGCAUUAAUAAUCCUCCUCUACACACUCCAUCAUACACAACGAAAUAAGCUGACCAGAGCUCUAAGUAUAUUAAACACUGCGUGUCCGAAGGGCACAGCUGGAGGCAGAGCAAAACAUUUGCAGGAAUGAUACUGGACAACUGCCAGACACCAAAAUCUUGGUGCAUAGCGUGCACAUGGAGAAAAAGCGACGCUAAUAGGUGGUCUGCCCCGAGGAGCCUUCAGCAAACAGCCUGAUGGACGAGGAGACACCGAGCUGUUUACACUGAAACGCGCUAAACGCAGAACAGAGACGUGCGGAAAUGUUUCCCUGCAUCUGUUUCUUAAUCCGACGCAUCUGAAGUGAGGCGACGCGCGCGCUGUGUUUCAUGAUGUAUCGGAGCACCGUCAUGCCUAAUUUUCUUUAAUGAAGCGAUUUUGUCUUUAUUUACUGUACAUUCGCUGUGUCCUGCAGUAAAUCUGAAGCCUUUUGAGGAGAAUGAAAGCGUCGGUAUUUGUCGUGGUCAUGUCCUCGGUUUUAUUUAAUCCCAGUUUUGCCUUCAGUUCGCAUUUCGACCCAGGUGGCUCCCCACUGAGUGAGCUGUCAUGGCCGUCCUCUCUGGCGGUGGUGGCUGUCUCCUUCUCUGGCCUCUUCACGUUUGUCUUCCUCAUGCUCGCCUGCCUGUGCUGCAAGAAAGGGGACAUCAGCUUCAAGGAAUUUGAAAAUACGGAGGGGGAGGAGGCCCAAGCUGGCCUUUCCACUUUAGCCUCCCCCAGCUCUCAAAAUGACCCCGAGGUUUAUAUCCUGCCUCUCACGGAGGUCUCACUACCUGUGUCCAAACAGCCCAGCAAAUCAUUUCAGCUCCUGAAGCCUACAGAUCUCGGACGCCACAGCCUCCUCUACAUAAAAGAAAUGGGACAUGGCUGGUUUGGCAAGGUUUUGCUGGGGGAGGUGAAUGCUGGACUCAGCACCACACAGGUGGUGGUUAAGGAGCUGAAGGCCAGUGCCAGUGUACAGGAGCAGAUGCAGUUCCUGGAAGAGGUCCAGCCUUACCGGGUGCUCCAGCAUCCAGCCCUCCUGCAGUGUCUAUCCCAGUGUUCAGAAGUCACGCCCUACCUGCUGGUUAUGGAGCACUGUCCCCUGGGAGAUGUUAAAGGAUACCUACGUAGCUGUCGGGCCACAGACUCCAUGACCCCUGACCCUUUGAUCCUUCAGCGGAUGGCAUGCGAGAUUGCUUCUGGUCUUCUGUACCUUCACAAACACAAUUACAUUCACAGUGACCUGGCUCUUAGGAACUGCCUGUUGACCUCAGAGCUGGCAGUGAAAAUUGGAGACUAUGGCCUCAGCCACAGUAAGUACAAGGAUGACUAUUAUGUAACAGCAGAUCAAAUAUGGGUUCCUCUACGCUGGAUUGCCCCAGAACUUAUUGACGAAGUCCACGGCAAUCUCUUAGUCGUGGACCAAACCAAGGCCAGCAAUGUCUGGUCACUAGGUGUGACAAUAUGGGAGUUGUUUGAACUGGGGAACCAGCCUUACAGGCACUAUUCUGAUAGGCAGGUUUUAACAUAUGCUGUAAAGGAACAGCAGCUCAAACUGCCAAAGCCGCUGUUGAAAGUGCCUCUGUGUGAACGCUGGUAUGAGGUAAUGCAGUUCUGUUGGCUGCAGCCUGAGCAGAGACCUGUCGUGGAGGAAGUCCAUCUACUGCUAAGUUAUCUGUGUGCUAAGGGUGCCACUGAGGCUGAGGAGGACUUUGAGCAGCGCUGGAACUCUCUCAGGCCAAGUCUGGGCUCCAACAACUCUCACAGGACACCUGCACCUGAAGUAGCUUCUUCUACUUCCUCUUCAUUUCCUCUACUUGAACACUUCUCUAUGGCAGACAGCUUCCAGUCUGAGAAUGGGGACGACAUAUUGACAGUAACUGAGACCAGCCAUGGGCUCAACUUUGAGUAUAAAUGGGAGCAGGCACGAGCAGAGCAGCCCUACUGCUCCUCUUCAGCUAGUGGACCAUUGGGAAAGAAUAAUCCCCAUUACCAGGAUGUGUAUUACCCUCUUAGCAACUCCACAGGUAGCUGCAAGAGUGAGAGCCUCCCUCUCGGGGUCUCUCCAUCCUACUAUGAGUCAGACCAUCCAGGGGUGGUUCCAGUGCUGAGUGCACACAGCCCCUCAGUAAGUAGUGAGUACUACAUCCGCAUUGAGGAACCAGUUGAGUGCAACAUCAACUUAGAAGACACCAAUCUUGAUUACAGCCCAAGAGUUGAAGCCAGCAACAGUAACUUGUCGUCUACGGACAGGAGAAGCCCCAUUGGGUCUCAGCCAAAUGCCUACUGGUCAGCAGCUAAAGAACCCAUCAGUAAUGAUUAUGAUUCAGAUAGUAGCCUGAACAUGGAGCCACUCCAAAGAAGAGUUCCAAGCUCGUUAGAGACUGACCAGUCAGAAGUAUAUUUCUCUUCUAACGACAGGCAGAACUUACAAUGUGAACAGUCACCUCAAGCAGGCCCAGAUGUUCAUUUGAUAAGGGGGUAUGGUUCAGACUCUAAUCAGCAGAGAAGAGGUUCAGGAAGUCUCUGCCAUAGACUGGAGACAGUACAGGAAAGCCCUCUUGGCAUUUCAGUCUCUCUUAGUAGUCCCAGCUUGGCAUAUUGUGAUCCAUACCUUGAGUCCAACCAGAGAACUGCAGAAAGAAGUAUGGCCAACGAGGCCUAUUAUGACAUGAUGGGCCCCAUUCAAAAGAAUGUUCCCAGACCCCACUACAUGAGCAUUGAUAUUGAUGCUGGCGAUGGCCUUCUUUUGGGCACAGGGAGUCCCAAUCCAGAAGAUGAUGAUGAUCUGUUUUCUCAGAACAUGAUGACUAACUGGAACUCCAACCACUCAGCAAACAACAACAGUUUAAGCGAUCGUACGCAAGCUGUGGGUUUUCGAGAUGCAUACCUUGAUUUACGUCACCCAACACCCUCUUCUCAUGUUGAGAAUUUGAAAUCAAGAGUAUUGGAAACAAGCAACAGUUGUACAUAUAAUUGCAUUGAUUCUCUCAAAGUCCACUCAUACAUGGAAGCCACAGAUAGUACGCCCACCACUAACAACCCUCACACUGACUCAGAGGGUGGUGAGUACCUACAUUUAUGCCCUGAAGGUACUCAGGAUGUUGAAUCAUCUUCCAAAUGUCAUUCUGUCACAGAAAGUCAGCAUAUUCAUACACGGCAGAAGAUCAUUGCUCAUAAACAUAUCAAAAACAAUACAUCAGACUUCCAUGUAGGAGUUUACAGCAGAAUGAAUCCAUCAACUCUUCCAACAGAUAUUGUAGUGACUAAAGAAAACAUGUUACUCGAGACAAGGAUAUCCCCUGCACAAAAAAUGAAACUUGGGACAGAUGGUUCUACUGGUGUGUGUGUAAAAAUGGUGUCAUGCCCUAAGGAUCUGCCUAAGAGUGUCUCAGAGUGUAACCAUUUGACAGACGGGAUAGUGCCCAACAACUCCAGUAUCAGUCUGGUGGAAAUUAAUGACUGCAGUGAUGACUGCACUGACAUCCCCUCUGGAGUUUUUGCAGAUUAUCCUUUGGACUAUACAGAGGUGGGCAGUAUUGAACUGACUCAUAGACCGUUACAGAGAGAGACUGGGUCCAGACAUUGUGAGGACACAAUUAAUCUUGCCUCUAGCAGCAGUCCAUGUGAGGCCUUCAGCCCUGAUAGUUAUCACACAUCCAUUCUGCCGAAAUCCCUAGACAGUGGCUAUGACACAGAGAACAAUGAAUCCCCAGAGUUUAUCUUGAAAGACCUUGAAGGAAAUCCAGCCCUUAGCACCAGUGUAGAAUCAGACGAGUGUGACAUGGUGCUCCAGAUGGACCUAGAUGAAGAUGUCAAUGUAAUGCUCCUGCAUCCAUCCAGCAGUCAUCUUCCACUGAUCAGCCUUGGUGAGAGGAAUCAGUACAGAGACUCUGCUUAUUUUUCUGACUAUGACAUGGAAAACGACAAGAGCCCCAGUGAAGGGGGCAGCACCUUUUUCAAUCGCCAAGACGAGGAUGAUGUCUUUGAGCUCAAAGCAGAAAAGGAGGGCUCAGAAAAGACAGUUGGGAAAGAAGGACAUAGCAUGGAGAGUGAGAAGAGAAAUAACAACUCUGUGCCAAAGGACAACAAUGCUGCCCUUCAUGCUAAACAAUUUUGUCUUAAAAAGACAAAUCCAAAUCUGUGUUCAUCACCUACAUUGGUUCCAAUGAUUUCCAUGCUUUCUCCCUUUCCUCCAGAGAUGGGGGGAUGCUUGACAAAGGAGUCAACUCCAGAUGAUGGUAUUGGGUUGGAAUCUGAUCACUCUGCAGAGGAACCAAACUCGGAAUGCCCUUCUUCCACAGUGUCCGAAGGUUCCUCCUCGACACAGGAGGCCUCGGGUGUGGAGGAGCACUCUAAUGGAGACACCAGAGAUUUUUCCUCAGCAGAGUCACUAGGCUCAGACUGUAUCAUAGUAAACUUCAGUGGAGAGAUAAUCCAAACAGAAGAACAAGAGGCUUGUAACAAAGUGGACAAUCCAGAGCUUCCAAGGGAAGGACACAAUGAGGAAAAAGAAGAUGAGGAUUCAGUGGAAGGUGGCAUAGGUCAAGCUUUUUCAAGAUCAAAGCGUGAUGAUUCCUUGGAGAACAUUCUUCCAGCCUUGCCAGAAGACCUUGAUGUCCCAGCUCCACUGGGGAAUGGAGAGGAGGCAGACGAGGAGGAUUCUGAGGAUAGUGAUGAGUCUGAUGAAGAACUUCGUAGCUACAACAUACAGGAGCAGAGUGAAGAGAGUGAUGACGAGUUCCCCGUAGUGCCUGUCAUUGUGAGCGACCGUAGCAGUGCACGGCAUCUACGCAGCCUCCUCAAAAUGCCCUCCAUACUUACACAGUCCUUCUGCGAUGAACUGGAGAGCAAGAAAAAAGCUGUGUCAUUCUUUGAUGACGUCACUGUGUUUCUGUUUGACCAGGAGAGCCCCACGGGUGAGCUUGGGGACUACAGUUUUCCUGUGGAGGCAGAACCUAAUGGCCAGGCUUCAGAAGUGGAGCUGCCACGACCCCAAGAUAGGGUCACUGCCCCUGAGGAUUCACCAGGAAGGAAUUUCUUAGAAGAAAGUGGUGCAUUUGAGUGGCAAGAUGAUUUUCCAUUGAUGCCGAGCCCUUCAACAUCAGAACCUGGCUCUGAAGAAAUCACCACACCACCCAACUCUCCCGUCAAGUCUCCAGAUGAAAAACCAGCACCAACGCUUUCCCGAUUUAGUGUCUCUCGUUUCUCCAUUACGCAUGUGUCUGACUCUGACAUGGACUCCAUGGGAGGUAACAGUGAGAAUGGAGCCCAGGAGUAAAGGGGUCAUUAACAUGUUUAAUUAAAGAGGUGUUUAGAACCUGUAUGGUUUGAUAUGGUCUGAUCAGACUGUGGGUUCUCAUGUAUUGCUAUCUUUUUGUUGUUUUAAACGUGCUGGACGAAAGGGUCCUGUUAACCUGAUAUGCUGUUUGGACACAGUGCCUCGUACUGUAGUGGAUUAGCCAGCCCCUUCCAAGUGUUCCUAGACAGACGGUGGUUGAGUGAUAGUCUGUCGAGGACAACAGUUAUAAGAACAGAAAAAGAGAUCUGUAUAAAAGAACAUAUUUAUUAUCUAUGUAUUAAAACAUGACGUAUGAAGAUUAUAACUUAUUUGCACAAUUCAAUAUCAGUAUCAUGCUGAAAUCAUCUUUUUCUUUUUACACAACUUGUAGGAACCAAUACAGACACAAGGCUGCUCUCCUCAUUUCCUUGUCAUGCUCCAUAUUAUCAUUAAGUGAUUUAGAGUCUGAAAUAUCUGUGAUUUACAUGUUUCAGCUUGACCCAAUGAGCUGCAUAAAAUAGAGUGCAGGAUGUUCUGCCCCCAUAAAAGAAAGACCCCACUUAUUAUUGAGGGUUCAAAAACUAUAUAUAUCUGAGCCCCCUACCACAAGCUGCUCAAAAGUGAUAUUUUCUAUAUUUGACCACUUUUAACUAAACUUUAGCUCAGGGGUGUUAUGGGUAUGGUACAAAAGUAUUAACAAUAUAAACUAUCACGCUUAAAAGUCUUCAUACUGUCUGCUGUUUUACUUUUUUUAUGCCGAACAACGUUCAAACAAAAACUACCUGGACUUUCAUUAUUUGAACCAAGACAUCUUUUAUACAUCUCUUUCCUUAUAAUCAAGUACAUCCAAAUCAAGAUCUUAUUAAACUGCAGUUCAAUCAUUAACAGGUUAGUUCUUCUCUGGUUAGAUCUUUAGAUUCCUAGAUUUCUAUUUAAACAUCCAGAAUAUUUUACAUUAUAGUACUUGUAUGCUCUAAGAAUGACAGUAUUGCAGGCGAGCGGGUAAUAACCCAUCUAUUUUUUUUUUUUUUUUUUCCAACUAGUAUGGUAGCUUGCAUAUGGGUCAUUCCUGUUAUGCAGCCAUUUGAAAACUUAUAAAUAAAGCACUUCUAUAAUGGGUUUUCAGAAAUAUCAGGCACUUAAAACACUUUAAAACAAAUCUCAUGUGCUAUAUUCUGAGUGCAGUCUGAUUCAGAUUUCAUUAAAAAAGACAUGUCCAAACUUUGGCACAUCACAGUCGUUCACAAGACCUGUCACUUGCAUCAAAUAUGUCAUAAUGCCUCUUGACUGCAAUUUUUGAAUGUUUAAAUGAGUGCAAGAUUUCACUGUUAUCAGUCUGUUCUUCACAUAAAGCUAUUGUAUGACUUCUGAGGAAUUAAAUCGGCUACAUUUAUGGUGCUUUUACCGUAUUUAAAUCUGUAGCUCAGGCAGUCAAUUCUGAGAAAAAUGAAGUGAUAAAAGUAAUGAGUAAAUGAUGACAAUUUUUUUUUGUUUGUUUAUGAUUUUAGUUUUGAGUUUAAGAUUUCAUUCAGUAUGACAUACUAUAAAUAAAAAUUCUCAGCAUAAGAGGAAUGACCCUUAUGGUACUGAUGGCGAUUAGUUUACUGGUGCUUGUCAGGAUCAGAACUUUAGGAAGCCUGUUACAGCAAUCCGUCUUGGGCAUGAAUAGCAUUUGAUUUGAAUUCAAGAGCUACAGGAACUGACAAACCAGUGGGUUAUCACAGUUGUACAACUUCAGCUGUGGUACUCAAAGACAUAACCAAGUUAAAGAACAAAGAGUGACCAUCUCGUCUGUGAACAAAAUCUGUUACAAACAAUAAUGGCAGCUCCUGCAGAUCUGAUCCUCCUUCUGUGAUGAUGCCUCAUCUCAGAAGUGUUAUUUUUGUUAAAUCCAAUAACAGAUAGAUGUUCAAAAAAUAUACUACAAAACAAUUCAGAUGGUCCAGACGGCAUGUGGACCUCAUGUGUUUCUACAAGGUUCUCACUUUGUCCCUAUAUGAUCUGAAGUGUUACACCGAGAAAAGUUGUGACCUGUUUUACACGAUGAUCUGUUUAAAUGUAAAGUACAGCUGUACCUAUCAUGCUCUGCCUUGAAUCACUGGAGCCCAUACACAUUUGUGCCAAUGCUGUAAGUCACAAUCACUGCACUGUACCCUCGCUUUCUCGCUGUAUGCCUUUCAAGAGUUUUAUACUGUGCUAAACCUUGUGGCAGUAGGUACUUUUUCUCAUUCAGAGCAUCAGUGCUUCAUUCGGGUGUUUAUGGUUGCCAAAGAAAGGUCAAAUGAAAGUGAACUGAGUGUUGAAUGUAGCGUUGAGGGGAGAAGUCUGUUGUUACUGCCUCAUAGCUGUCGAACUGUAUGUCCUCACGACUCAUGCCUACUGUACUAUUCGAAAAAUAAACCAAACUAUAGUUUC